AUGAUCAAACUUUCAGGUGAGAUAGACAGAACUUUGAAGAAGAUAGUGGAGGGCAUAGAAGUCUUUGAUGAUAUGUGGGCCAAGGUCCACAGUGCUGUCAAUUGCAAUGUCAAAGAGAAGCACGAAGCUGAAUUGAAGAAAGAGAUAAAGAAGUUACAACGGCUUCGAGAUUUUGUAAAAAGCUGGAUAACAUCGAAUGAUAUAAAGGACAAAAAUGUCUUAUUGGAGCACAAAAAGCUCAUAGAAAAUAAAAUGGAGCAGUUUAAAGUGAUUGAGAGGGAGACAAAGACGAAGGCCUACUCGACGGUUGGGUUAGGGACGGCUGUAAAGGUUGACCCCAAAGAAAAGGAGAAAGAUGACAUCAGAAUGUGGCUUUCUAACCAGAUAGAUGCACUGAACAUUCAAGUUGAUCAGAUUGAAAGUUCAAUAGAAGCCAUCAUCAGUAAGAAGAAGAAACUGGAUAGUGAGAAACAGGAGCAAGUGGAUAACUAUCGAUGUCACCUGGAGCAACAUCGAUUCCACAUCGGUCGAUUGGAACUCACCAUGAGACUUGUCGACAACGACGCUCUAGAUAUAUCGUUGAUCAACAAAAUAAAGGAGAGUGUUGAGUACUACGUCUCCCUCGGCAGCGACCCAACCUCAUCGUCGGGACCACUCAAUUCAGAUGACUCUAUGAUGUAUCUCUAUGAUGAACUCAAUCUUGAUGAGGUUGGCUGGCUGGUUGCAUCGACUUCUAUCUCCUCCUCGUUUACUUCUACUACUACUACUACUACUACAACAACGUCAACAACAACAACAUCCUAUUCAUCGACAACAACAACAACAUCAUUAUCAUCAUCAUCAACAGCAACAACAACGUCAUCAUCAACAACGUCGUCGUCGUCGUCGUCUUCAUCGAGAGAUCCUGUAUCAGUAGCAGCAAUGUCGCUGAAGCAGUUGUCAAUAACUGCUGCCGCCAGGUCCAACAACCAAUCAGAUUUCUCCAAAAUUGUGAACGGCCAAUCACAGCAGGGGAUGCCCACGCCGUCAACCGCCCCUACACCAUUCUCCUCUUCGUCUUCAGCAUCAUCAUCAUCUUUACCAUCGUCAUCAUCAUCAUCAUUCUUGCCUACAUCACUCACAUCAUUACCAACAAUGUACAACACUUCGUCGUCGUCAUCAUCCGUACUGAACUCAACAAUGACGACGACGACGACGAUUCUAGCGUCAGCCGCGACGACGACGACAAUAACGAUAACAUCCGGUAACUAUCCCUUGCAACAACUUCAGCCCCCGUCAUCGACCAACAACCAAUCAAAUCUCUCUGUCAACUACAACAACGACUCGUCUUCAUCCCUAUUGGUCAAUCCUCCUCAGUCCAACUCUACCAAAGUUAUUCGACUCCACCCUUUAUUAGGCGUGGCUCCUCUGGGCACCCAGCCAUUGGACAAGUACCAUCGACAUCAGCUGGUCAUGCUGGGAGCUGCCAUCAAUCACAUUCCCUAUGAGAUUGACUCUGAACAAAUCAGGCCUUGUCUUCCGAGGAACGUGUACAACAGUCCGACCUACUACACGCCAGCCAGCCACCUCUCAUUUGACUCCAUCGAGUUCUUCAACCAGCUGCACAUUGAGACUCUCUUCUUUGUUUUCUACUUUAUGGAGGGUACGAAAGCACAGCACCUGGCAGCUAAGGCACUGAAGUUAAAAUCAUGGAGGUUUCAUACAAAAUGCCUCAUGUGGUUUCAGAGGUUCGAAGAACCAAAGAUCAUAAAUGAAGACUAUGAACAGGGCUCCUACUUGUAUUUUGAUUUUGAGGCCUGGGCUCAGAGGCAGAGGGAGGAUUUCACAUUUGAAUAUAAAUAUCUCGAAGAUCAUGAACUCAACUAACUAACUAACUAACUUGCUCUUAACUGAAUAGUGAACGGUCAAUUUAAAUUCAAAUUAUCUGAUGUAUGAUUGGUUGGUUAAAAUCCACGUUAACUGGUGUGUGAUUGGUUAAUUCAAGCUUAAGUUAACUGAGGAU